AUGGGGUUUGAGGAUUCAGAUGGAGAUAGAGUGGGUAGGGAGGAUGCUGAACAAUUACAGUUAAUGUUAUUGAAUACCAGUAUGGGAACAUGUAGCAACAAUACCUAUGAUAGCAAGAAGAGACAGCUAGAACAGGAUAAGUUUGAUUACUUGCACCCUUCGGUUAAGAGGUCGAAACUCUCAGAUUCAGAUACAUCAUCAAUGAACAAUGAAGAUUCUGGAAAAAGUAAUGUUGAGGACUAUGAUGGCGGUGAUGUUACUCCUGUUUCCCAGGUAAUGGAGGAUCCGGUCAAGUUAGUUCAGGAGUCUACCAAUGCUGAACAGGAUUUGGUAGAGAAGGAACAUGAAUUGGUUCUAUAUCCUAUUGAAGAAUGCCAAAUGAAGAGACAAGUUGAAGAGAAGAGAUUGUUCUCCUUCAAGAGAGAUAUUGAGGAGCUAUCGGACGAGCUUCAAAAUAAGAGGAAACUAGUUAAUUCUAUUCAAGGACAACUUAAUUCAUAUUCCUUGGAUCUUGACGUGAAGAAGAGAGAAUAUGUAGCAAUCCUAAGACGCAUUAAAAGGCGCAAUAACGACUUUAGAAGAAAAGAAAAGCAGCUCAAGUCCAUGCAGAAGCUGAUUAUUGAAUGUAAUAGGCAUUUGAGGUCAAAGGAGAAACAAUGUAUCAGGGAAGUUGAAAUGACAUUGAAAGUGAUCAGUGAGCGGAAUGAUGUUCACAAGAAAAUGCAGAGGGAAAUUAAAGAACACGAUGAUGCAAUACUUGAAAAGGAAGCACAGUUUAGUUUGAUGGAGAGCAUGAUUGAGAACUGUGAGAAGGAGCUCACGGCAGAACAGGUAGCAUCGAAUCAAAUUAAAAGGAGAGCAUAUGGAGCCACCAAAAGAUGCACUGAAAUAUGCAACAAAGAGUUUGAAGCAAAGGGAGAGCAGCUCAAGUCCAUCCAGAAGCUGAUCAUCGAAUGCGAGAAGCAUUUGAGAUUAAAGGAGAAACAAUAUACUACAGAAGUUAAAAUGGCACAGGAGGUGAUCAGUAAACGCGAUAAAGUUCACAAAAAAAUGCAGAAGGAAAUUGAAGAAUACGAUGAUCAAAUUUUUGAAAAGGAAGCACAAAUAAGUUUGAUAGAGGACGUGAUUAAAGAGUGCAAAAAUGAGCUCAUGACUGAACAGACAGAAUUUCAUCAAGCACUGGACAACAUGAUUGAAAACCGUGAAAGGAAGGAAGAGGAACUCACGGCUCUUUUGAAUAAAAUUUCUGAGCAUAAUAAGGAACUUAUGAACAAAGAGGAAGAGCUUGGUGCAAUGCGGAAAUUAAUUGUUGAACAAGCUAAGGUACUGCACUUAGAAAGGGAGAAGUUGCAUGAGAUAAUGCCUUCAAAAACAAAUCAGGAUGCUCUGGUAAAGGAGAUUGGGUCAAUGAAGAAGAAACAUGAAGGACAUAUCAAGGAGCUUGAGUCUAAAGGAAAGCUAUUUAUAGCACAAUUGGAGGAGUUUGAGUCGAAGGAGAAGUACAUUGAUGGACGAGAAAAGGAGCUUCUAUUAAAAGAGAGGCAAUAUGAAGAACAAGUAGAGAAACUCAAUUCAAAAGAGAAGCAAAUUGAAGGGCGAGUAAAGGAGCUUGAAUCAAGGGAGAGAGAGUUUGAAGGUCAAGUGGAGGUGCUUGAAUCAAAGAAGAAGCAUUUUGAAGGUAAAUUGAAGGAACUUCUUGCGAAAGAGGUGCAAUCUGAAGGCCAAGUAAUGGAGCUCAAUUCAAAAGAGAAGCAAUAUGAAGGCCUGAUGGAGGAGCUCAAGUCAAAAGGGAUUGAACUUGAGGUACAAGCAAAAGAUCUCGAGACAAAAUGGAAGCAGUUUGAAGAGCAACUGAAUGAGCUCAAGUUGAAGCAGAAAGAGGUCGAAGAUAAAGCAAGAGAUCUUGAGUCAAAGAAGAAUCAUUUUGAAGGAAUCUAUAAGGAAUUUAAGUUGAACAAAUCACAAUAUGAAGCAUUAAAAAAAUCAUCUCCCACUAGAAAGAAGAAAAAAUCAAUCCAAGAAGAAAAACUACAGGAUAAUCAAUCAAGUCCUACUAUUGAUGGAAGAACUUUGGAGCUUUUGGUAGAUGAGCCAACAAAUCCUGGCAAUGACAUUUUAGUUCAUCUUCAGUCCUCAUCAGAUCCAGCAAAACUCAUUUUAGAUAUAAUUAAGGAUCCAAUAGUUUCCCAUUGUAAAAAUGGAGUCAAAGUUGUUACUAUUGAUGAUAGCCAUGUUUUUCUGCUUGAACAGCUGAUGAGAAUCUCACCACAUAUUAAACCUCAUGUUAGAGAAGAGGCAAUGGAGCUUGCACUUGAUCUGAAAGCUAACAUGACAGCAAGUGCUGAAAAUUCUUUGGUGGUUCUGGGUUUCCUGAUGUUUUUGUCAAUUUAUGGAUUAGCCGCUUCUUUUGAUGAA